AUGAGUUCCCAGGAGGCCACCCUCACAGACCAAUACGCCCCGGCCGAUUCCGUGCCCGCCGAUGAAGUGGGCUCCGUCAAAGACUCGGUCGCCACCGCCGUCGCCCCUGCUCGUCGAGUCAAGUCUUCUGAAAACACCAAAGGCGGAAAGAAGAAGGCGGCAAAGAAGAAGGCCAAGAAGCAGUUCAAAAAGAGGGAGAAGAAGCACAAGAAAGUUGCUCGUAACGAGGAGGACUCGUCUGAAUCUACUACGGAAGACGAUGGCCACCACCGAUCCGACGAUGAUGAUACUUCGUCCGACUCCGAUUCAGACUCGUCCGACUCGGAGGAGGAAGUGUCCAAACGCAAGACCAAAUCGAGAAAGCACUCUGUUAACACUGCGACCAAGAAGACUCGGCCCUCCACUUCCCGCUCUACCAAGAAGAGCAAAUCUUCCAAAAAGCGCGAUCCCUCCCUGUCCGCUUCCUCAUCCUCCUCGUCUGACACGGACUCGGACUCAUCGGACGACAGUGGUGCCGAGGAUAGCGACUCGGACGACGGUCUGACCAAGGUCCCAAUGACGGCUCAGCAGAUGCAGCUGUUCCAACAAUGGCAACGCGUCAACGGCUCCAUGGCGCUCGGCGGCAGCAACAACAGUAACCAGCCAUCUUUCUGGCCUCCGCCUCCGAGGCGUGGCAACCUCGGCGUGGGCGACGGCGGUCUUGGCGAGAACCCCAUGUUCGGCAGCAGACUCCGGACGCGGGGUCGGCAGGCCCAGCCGUCGUCGUCGUCGUCCAGGAAGAGGCCGAAGCUGGACUUCAAGCGGGUCGACCAGGUCUGGGAUAGCGCCAUCCACCAGUACAAGCUCCAGGACACGGCGGCGACCACCUCGGACACGCUGUACGACGCCUACGUGCUCCAGAUCAGGCGGACCUUUGACUGGGAGGGGAAGUACAGCGCCACGCUCGUCGACGUGAAGAGCAAGGUCCUGCGCGAGUGUCUGCAGGAGGUCAUGGGCAACAUCAAGGGCGUCAGCCUGGUCGAUGAGACGCCCAAGCUCGACCCCAACAUGCUGUUUCUUUACCUGGAAGACUUGCGAAAGUACGGCAAGAAGCUCAAGAAAAUGCCGGCGGUGGGCGCGGACAAGAAGGACCGUAAGAAGCAGAAGAAGCACAUCAAGACGAAGCGGCAGCAUCUCAAGGUUCUUCUCAAGUAUCUCGACAAGGAUUAUGCUCACAUCAAGAAGAGUCUCUACCCCAUGCUGGAAAACGGGCUCAUCACGUUCGACCUGCUUUGGGCGCUUUACAAGCCCAACACGCUCAUCUACACGACGACCUACGGGUCGCCCGACGAGCCUCGGGUGUUCAAGGUGGAGCAGGCAGAGAAGCUGAACAGCAUGACCAAGGGAGAGUUCUACUGGGUUGAUGGCAAAUAUCUCGAGUUCGACGGCAAGCAAUUCGGCUACGGCACUCUCUGCGAAGAGGUCCCAGAGUUUCGAGGGGCCCGAAAGAUCAGCAGCCUCAGCGCCUUUCCCCUCGACUUCCACAAGGACAAGGAGGCCAUCAAGGCCGCCCUGGUCGAGCGAGGCAAGAAGUUCGUGCAGCUCGGCGGCGUGAACUACCGGAGCCACCAAGGGCUGGCCUACUACAAGAAGAAGAAGGCCGUCGUCAAGGUCAACGUCAACGGGCGCGUCAUGGUCGACCCGGCCAUCCACCGCCGCAUCAACCCCAACUACCAGGUCUCCGUCGUCCGGCCUCGGGACCACGACGUCCUCUCCGACUCGGAGGAUGAGGAUGACGACAACGAGAAGGCAUGCGGCCAAGCCUCAGACUCUGACAAUAGAUGCGGAAGCGAUGAUGACGCCUGCGGGAAGAUGGUGACCAAGGUCGUGCGCGACCCCAAGGGCAACGUCCGCAUGAUUCGGGUCCCGAAAUCUGACGUCGAGGAGUCUGCGCCAGCGGAGCCGCUCGAGCGAGUCGAGGAGGUGAAGAGUGACGGCCUGUCCGAGAACGGCGAGAAGUCAAAGGAGCCGCCCGAGUUCUCCGCGGAGGACUACCUCAUCGCAUCGUCCGUAGUGCUGGGUUUCUCAUUUUCAGAGAAGCUGUGGCUCGAGUUCACUGUCUCUGGUAUCACAGACAUCCAAUGGAACGACAGCGCAUACGAGUCUUUGGUGCUGGAGCCCAAGCAGAAGGACAUUGUCAAGGCGAGUUUACUACAGUUCCCCUUGAUCAGGGCGUUUGAGGCUGAUGCGCUGGUCGAGUCCCACAAGUACCACGCCGCCGAGAGCAUCGACGACGUGAUUCAAGGCAAAGGAAAGGGGCUUGUCGGUAAGGGCUCGGUGCUAUAUAUCCUUCUCCGUCUGUUUCUCGUCAUCUCUGACCCUCCUUUUGAUGUAGCCGUGCUCCAUGGGCCCCCUGGCACGGGAAAGACGCUCACAGCCGAGGGCAUCAGCGAGCUGCUCAAGUGCCCGCUCUACAUGGCCUCGGCCGGAGAGCUGGGCACCGACUCGCGAUACCUCGAGGCGGAGCUGCAGAAGAUCCUCGACAUCUGCCACGCCUGGGGCGCCAUCCUCCUCCUUGACGAGGCCGACGUGUUCCUCGAGAAGAGGAACCUGCACGAGAUCGCCCGCAACGCGCUGGUUAGCAUCUUCCUGCGUCAGCUGGAGUACUUCCAGGGGAUUCUGUUCCUGACGACGAACCGAGUCGAGACCUUUGACGACGCGUUCCAGUCGCGCAUCCACAUCGCCCUGCGCUACGAGAGCCUCACGCAGCGGGCCAAGAAGUCCAUCUUCCGCAUCUUUGUCGAGCUCGUCCGCGUUCUCGAAGGGGUCGACCUCCGUCCCUUCAGCGACGACGACUACGAGAGCCUCGCGAAGCACGACCUCAACGGCCGGCAGAUUAAGAACACGGUCCGCACCGCGCAGGCGCUGGCCGUCAACAAGGGCGAGCCGCUCGGCAUGGAGCAUAUCCGGCAGGUCCUCGACGUCCAGAAUAGUUUCGAUCUGCACCUCAAGGGAGGCGAGUCGUACAAGGAUGCCAUGCGGAGUUACUAUUGA